UCGUUAGGGUAAGCGCAGCCUGUCCUCAGAGUUCGUACCAAGUGUCACCCGGUCUCUUCCACACAUCAACUGGCAAAAAAAUAUAGCUAACGGUGUGCAGAAGACCGGCGGCAGGUCAGAUGGACGAAUCUGCGGAACAAAUGAGGCCCCUCUUGAGAACAGGUCUAGAUGAGGAGGCAAUAGUUGACCAUGGAAAGACCAGCUUCACCACUCACACAAACUACGAAAACGAAGAUUUGGAAAGCCACAGAGCAGUGUAUGUAGGCGUCCAUGUUCCCCUUGGAAGGGAGAGCAAACGGAGGCAUCGCCACCGAGGACACAAACACCACCGAAAGAAGAAGGAGAGAGACUCUGAGGAGGGGAAGGAAGAUGGCAGGGAAUCCCCCACUUGUGACACACCAUCCCAGCGGGUCCAGUUCAUCCUGGGUACAGAAGAUGAUGACCUCGAGCAUGUCCCCCAUGACCUUUUCACUGAGCUGGAUGAGCUCUCCUUCAGAGAUGGCAGUGCCACUGAAUGGAAGGAGACUGCCAGAUGGUUAAAGUUUGAAGAGGAUGUGGAAGAUGGUGGGGAGAGGUGGAGUAAGCCCUAUGUGGCAACAUUGUCACUACACAGUUUAUUUGAACUGCGGAGCUGCAUACUCAACGGCACAGUCAUGCUGGAUAUGAGGGCCAACAGUAUCGAGGAAAUUGCAGACAUGGUGAUAGACAGCAUGGUGGCAUCAGGCCAGCUGAAGGACGAUUUGCGCAACAAGGUGCGGGAAGCCAUGCUGAAGAAACACCACCACCAGAAUGAGAGAAAGCUCAGCAAUCGCAUCCCUCUGGUGCGCUCCAUUGCUGACAUAGGCAAGAAACAUUCUGACCCAUUCUUGCUCGAAAGAAACGGAGAGGGCCUGUCCUCUUCACGUCUCUCUCUCCACAAGCCAGGGGCAGCCUCUUCUGUUUCCAACCUCUCCCAGAGACAAGAGUCCAGAGUCUCCCUCCUGCUCAACCAUCUCCUGCCCUCUUCUUCCUCCAACACUGGGCCCUACCCAGGCCUCUCGUCCUUCACCACCCCUCAAAAUUCCCCCACUUUCUUCCGGUGCUCUUCCCAAAGCCCUCCACCCACCCAUCGCUCAGGCCUUGGCCCUCAAUGCAUCCCUGAAGUUGUGGUAUCGCCUCCUGAGGACGACGAUCCUCAAAACUCUGCAGAAGAAGAGGCAGCAUCACCACAGCUCAGACGGCGAGCAUCCUUGGCAUCCCAGGGCCUCGAGCUGCUGCCCUUAGAAGGACCACUGGUGUCUCCGAACUCUGUCCCAAACAACCUGGAUGGCAACAAGGCAAUGGAGAGGAGGCCAUCCAAAGUAGGGGUCAGUAGAGAAAGCAGCAGUGUCGACUUUAGCAAGGUGGACAUGAAUUUUAUGAAAAAGAUUCCUCCCGGUGCUGAAGCUUCCAACGUACUGGUGGGAGAAGUGGACUUCCUGGAGAAGCCCAUUAUUGCCUUUGUACGACUGUCCCCUGCAGUCCUUAUCACAGGCCUCACAGAGGUGCCUGUGCCCACAAGGUUUCUUUUCCUGCUUUUGGGUCCCCAUGGCAAAGGGCCCCAGUACCAUGAGAUCGGCAGAUCCAUGGCCACACUAAUGACUGAUGAGAUCUUCCACGAUGUGGCAUACAAGGCCAAAGACCGAACGGAUCUCCUAUCGGGGAUAGAUGAGUUCCUCGACCAAGUGACUGUCCUGCCUCCUGGAGAAUGGGAUCCCACAAUCCGGAUUGAGCCCCCCAAGAACGUUCCAUCUCAGCUAAAGAGGAAGAGGCCGUCCCACCCCAAUGGCACUGCGUCUCCAGCUGGAGAGCUGGAACAGGAGGAAGACCAUCACGCAGGACUUGAGCUGCAGAGGACCGGGAGGAUAUUUGGAGGUCUGAUCCUGGACGUCAAGCGGAAGUUACCCUUCUACUGGAGUGACAUCAGGGACUCACUCAGUCUGCAGUGUCUAGCCUCCAUCCUGUUCCUCUACUGUGCCUGCAUGUCCCCUGUCAUCACAUUUGGAGGUCUUCUUGGGGAGGCAACAAAAGGCAACAUAAGUGCCAUUGAGUCUCUAUUUGGGGCCUCAAUGACAGGAGUGGCAUACUCCCUCUUCGCAGGCCAGCCCCUCACUAUUCUUGGCAGCACAGGUCCUGUUUUAGUGUUUGAGAAAAUCCUGUUCAAGUUCUGCAAUGACUACGGCCUGUCCUACCUGUCACUGCGGACCAGCAUCGGUUUGUGGACAGCCUUCCUGUGUCUGGUCUUGGUGGCCACAGAUGCUAGCUCCCUGGUCUGCUACAUCACCCGAUUCACAGAGGAGGCUUUUGCUGCACUAAUCUGUAUCAUCUUCAUUUAUGAGGCUCUAGAGAAGCUCUUUCACCUGGGAGAACACUACCCUAUCAACAUGCACAACAACUUGGAAAACCUUACGCUGUAUUCGUGUCAGUGCUCUCCACCAGCCAAUGUCUCAGAUCAGCUCAUGCACCAAUGGAACCAGACAGGAUACAGCCCAGACUCUAUCCAAUGGAGCAGCCUCAAUGUUUCGAUGUGUAAGAUACUCGAUGGGGAGUUUGUGGGUCCUGCCUGCGGUCAUCAUGGGCCCUACAUCCCAGAUGUUCUCUUCUGGUCAAUCAUCCUCUUCUUCACCACCUUCUUCCUGUCUUCCUUCUUUAAGCAGUUCAAGACAGAGAGAUAUUUUCCCACCAAGGUGCGAUCAACUAUCAGUGACUUUGCUGUGUUUAUAACCAUCAUGAUCAUGGUGAUGGUGGACUAUCUAAUGGGGAUCCCCUCUCCUAAACUUAAUGUCCCUGACCGCUUUGAGCCAACUUCAAAGAACAGAGGCUGGCUGAUGGACCCCUUAGGAGAAAAUCCCUGGUGGACACUGCUGGUCGCAGCACUUCCUGCCUUGCUUUGCACCAUCCUCAUCUUUAUGGACCAGCAGAUCACUGCAGUCAUCAUCAACCGCAAGGAGCACAAACUCAAGAAAGGCUGUGGCUAUCACCUGGACUUGCUGAUAGUGGCAAUUAUGCUAGGUGUUUGCUCCAUUAUGGGCCUGCCAUGGUUCGUGGCUGCAACAGUCCUCUCCAUCUCCCACGUGAACAGCCUGAAGGAGGAGUCUGGCUGCUCCGCUCCAGGAGAGCAGCCCAAGUUUCUGGGCAUCCGGGAGCAGCGAGUCACUGGAUUCAUGAUUUUUGUCCUCAUGGGUUGUUCUGUUUUCAUGACGUCAGUGCUCAAGUUUAUUCCUAUGCCAGUCCUGUAUGGAGUCUUUCUCUACAUGGGUGUCUCUUCCCUCAAAGGCAUUCAAUUCUUUGACAGAAUCAAGCUGUUUGGCAUGCCUGCCAAGCACCAGCCUGAUCUUAUCUAUUUGCGCUAUGUGCCACUGUGGAAGGUCCAUGUCUUCACCCUGGUGCAGCUCACCUGUUUGGUGCUGCUCUGGGUCAUCAAGGCCUCUGCAGCAGCUGUUGUGUUUCCCAUGAUGGUUCUGGCGCUGGUCUUUAUCCGGAAGCUUCUAGACUUAUUCUUCACCAAUAGAGAGCUGAGCUGGCUGGAUGACUUGAUGCCAGAAAGCAAGAAGAAGAAAGAGGAUGACAAGAAAAAGAAAGAACGAGAAAAGCUGGAAGAAGUGUCCAUACUGCAGGACGAAGAAAUGGGACUGAAGGUCAGCUUUGGAGGCUCGAACCAGCUCAAAAUCCCAGUGAAGACCGUCUCAGGGAAUUCUGAUUCUGACUCUCCCUUGGUCAUAAAUAUCUCUGAUGAAAUGGCCAAAACCGCUGUGUGGAAAGCAGUGAACUUGAGUGCAGAGUCAUGUGCCCAGCCUGUGAAGCGUAGUGGAAGCCAGGAGAAGUUGACCUGCGUUAGAGUCGACGUCAAUCCAGAUGCACCAGGAGGGGGUUCCACUGCCGAGACCUUCCUGUGAUGAACGGAGGCCCUCCUACCUUCCCGAUACCUUCGGCCACACAACACCAUCUUAGUGGCAUAGGGGGCAUAGAAAUGGAACAGCACAACCUGCGUGCGGCAUUCCCUUCUUCAGGGCAGCAGGCGAGCUCCCCCAGAGCUGUGAGUCGUACUCCACUUAAGUCUUGUAGUGUGCAGCACAUAUACAAAUGGUUACCCGAAUGUACUUUAGAGCGCACAUCUCCGAGGAAUGAAGGAAUUUUGCUGUAACUGCCCACCGACCCUCACUGUAUAGUCUAAUAAUCUAGCAAUGUGUCACCCAUUAAAACCACAGAUGCCAAAGGAAGGCAUCUCACUGGUGGGGAUCUUGGACUGUGCAAAUUGAAUUUUACUUUUAAACCACUGUAUAUUUUAAUUUAAUAUUUAAUGUUAUUGUUUUAGCUGGUUGUAGUACUGUCCAUUUUGGGUUCUUUGUAGCUCGUGCAACAUGAGCUAUCCUGCACUGUUUGUUUCCAUGUAUUUUAGGUCUCAGUAAGACCUCUCACCUAACUACACCAGCUUCAAAACUAGAUUCAUGAAAGCCAGGUACUCUCAGUGCCAGCUGAUUCUAUUUCACAAUUAGUCUGGCCCAAUAAAUGACAGAAACCAAAACAGAGGUACAUGCAGAUUGAUACUACUACUACAACAUCAUACUACUACUGCAUACUCCUUAUCUUUCUUUUUUUUGCUUGUGACUCAUCUCUCCUGUCUGCAGAGGAACACUCAGUAUUGAUAUUGCUGCUCAUAAGUUGGUCAGUUGUUUCCACUGUAAACCUCACUGUUCACAUUGUAUGUGAUGUUAUAGGAAUAUCAUUAUGUAUGUAUUUAUGUAAACUGUUCUUCUCUCUUGAAACAUUAUAGAAAACCUACUUCAGAGGCCAGAUGAAGUCUGUACUGUACAGUAAGCACUUUGCCAGUAUAGUUUCUUACAAAAAAUGGAUUAUAGUGUGUUAAUAAAAUGGUUACUUUUCCUCCCACUGUAUCUAUAGAGCUGUUGUUCAAAUGUCAGUUAAACAACUCAGGAAUCUUGAAUGAUUUCUGACUGUGGUCACUUGAUAUUUUUGUCACAAGGCAGUGUUAAUGAACUGUCCACUGUAUUCAUCACUGGUAUCACAACUAUUUUAAUAAUAAGUGCUGUAAAUAAUAAAAUACAGUAAGGUGCAAAAUAUAAAAGAGAAUAUUCGUGACCCCAGUCAGUUGCACCUGUUUUAUACUGUCUGUAUUAUUGUUGGUAAUUAUAAUGUGUGUUGUGUGUGUGUGUGUGUGUGUAUGUGUGUGUGCGCGCACACGCGCGUGCCUGUGUGUGUGCGUUGUGUAAAGAUAAUUUGGUAUGUCCGCGCUGCAAAUCAUUUUAUGCAAAAUAUUUCUACAGUAAAUGUAAAAACUAUUAUGAAGUUGUUCUUUUUUUUGCUCGGUGCAGUCCUGUUUUAGCAAUAAGUAUUCCAUACUGUGCAAGGUAUGGACUCAUGAAACUAGCUAAUAUUCAGGCAAACAAUAAUUUGUGAGAUGUUUCAUCGGCUCUGUCUGUGUGUAGCUACAGUGACUGUACGAACAAUAGCUUAUGUGCCUUGUCAAAGCUCUUUAUGUGCAAGUCUUGUACUGAUUAUUUUAGUGUUCAGAACAGAUGUACAGACAUGGUGGCACACAAAUGCCAAAGAUGGACCAUCAUUACUUAACAGGAGUGAACCAGUACUGAGUUGCAGAGGCUUAUGUUUGUUGUAGUGUUAUUCCACGUCUGUGUGCAAGUCGUAGCCUGAGCCCCCGACUCAAACAAUGUAACUCUGUUUAUCUUCCAUUUACAAAUGUAACUCUAAAUAUAAAUGUGUGUGUGUGUGUGUGUGUGUGUGUGUGUGGCUCUAGUAUUUAACAUAAACAUUUUAUUUAACAUAAAAGCUCUGAAUGAUCAGUAAAUGUCAACUUAUUGUACUGUCAAUAUCAAAACGUCAUUUUGGCAGACAUCUAUUUUCUAAAAACAAAGUCGUAAUUUGAAUUCAGUCACAAGUUAUUUCCUUACACAUAUGGACCAUUUGAUAUAACAAUGUGAGUUGUUUGAUCAGUGGAAUCAUCACAAUAAAGUGAACAUCCACCAACCAAGUACCUGUAGUUUCGUAAUAUUUAUUUUGAUGAAAAAUAGCCUAUUUUGACAUGACAUCAGUUUCUAUAUAUAUAUAUAAUAUGUAUGUUUUAGUGGUGAAUAAACUGUCAACAACAAAAAGGUAGAGAUUUUACCCUCCAUCAUCACUCCAACAUCAACUCAAAAAUUUGUUCAGAUGUAGAGGCACAUAACAGUGAAGCACACAGCAGCCUGUUGUUAACUUGAAUGAUUGAUGAAAGCAAUAAAAGCAAAUACAUGUUGA